GGAGGAGGCGGUAUAUCACCCAGCGGACCCUCUGUGCAAGUAGUUCGGGCUUGAAGGGUGAGUCGGGCAUUGCAGGUUUGCAACGGAGCAAAUGUCAUGAGGUGCAUUGGGUCAUACGCUCGAUUACGUACCUCUAUGAUUCGUUUGGUGGGUUGGCCGGAAUUGAGCUUCUUUUGUGGCCGGAAGAGUUCCGGCCUCAAGAUAUAAGCAGACUCUGUGGGUUGGGCGUUCUAAAUCAUCAGAGCAGCAACUUCGAUUCGCAUCUCUCAACCAAUCGGACUCCGUUGGAUAAAACACCACUGCCAUGGCUUCCUCAGUAUUUGACUUCCCAGUCCUAACGGAUACCUUUCCCCAAGACCACUCUAUCCCUGCCUUCAUGGUCUCUACCACCAGGGGCUUCCUCCCCCGACAGGAGCCUGUCGUGGACCUUCCAAAGGAGUUUGCGGCCGUUGAGUCCAUCCUCAAUCGCAUGCCCGUGAGGACCCUUUCCGGGGAGCCAGGCCUUCUCGCGACCUUCACUUUUGGGAAUACUGUGCUCAAGGAGCUACCCGACCUCACCGAUGAGAUUCACAAGUAUAAAGAUGACGUUGUCUUAAUGAAUGCACUCUAUCGCGACUAUUCCUUCCUCGCCUCGGCUUAUCUUCUCGAACCUUGUCACGAAAGGUUCCUCAAGGGCGAGCCAUACGGGCUUGGACGGCAGUCAUUACCGAGGAGUAUUGCUCUGCCGAUCGUCAAGAUCGCUGCUAUUGUCGGUUUUCAACCUUUCAUGGAGUAUGCCGGGUCCUACGCGUUGUUCAAUUACCGUCUGGAGGAGAAAGACAAAGGACUCGAUUACGCGAACCUGCGGCUAAUCCGCGCAUUUGAGCAUGGCCUUGACCCCACGUCCUCUGAGGCUGGUUUCGUCUUAGUGCAUAUUGCCAUGGUCAAAGAGUCCGGUGCACUCGUGACAGCAGCUGUAGAGAUGCUGAACGCAGUGGCGGGUAACGACAGGGCAAGGUUCGAUGCGGGACUUCGGAUUCUCGUUGAGGGACUAAGAAAAGUGAAUGCAGUCAUGAAUACGAUGUGGAACCGCAGCAAGCCUCAGAGCUACACCACUUUCCGUACAUUCAUCUUUGGCAUCACUUCCCAGUCUAUGUUCCCCAACGGAGUUGUCUAUGAAGGAGUCAGUGAAGAACCCAUGUCGUUUCGAGGGGAGUCAGGGGCGAAUGACAGCAUGAUACCUCUCUGCGACAAUCUACUCCAGAUCAAAAUGCCAAAAACGCCGCUCACAGACAUUCUAAAAGACUUUCGCCAGUAUCGUCCUGGAAACCAUCGGGAGUUCUUAGAGGCAGUUCACGACUCAGCUGCGAAGAAUGGCCUUAAAGAUUUUGCACUUCAAGACUCCGUAUCUGCUGCCCUUUACCUACAGGCUUUGGACCAAGUACGCGAUUUCCGAUGGCGGCAUUGGUGCUUCACCCGUGAAUACAUCCUGAAGCGUACUUCGCAUCCCACAGCAACAGGCGGAAGCCCAAUCGUUACGUGGCUGCCGAACCAGCUUCAAGCAGUAAUGCGGCAGAUGAUGGAUGCUUCCAGCCACUGCUCUUCUGUUCAGGGAGUCAGUGACAUUAUGGAAACGGUGAAUCACCAGCAGGAGACGCUCCGGAAGGAGGUGGCAAAGUAUUGCAGCGAGAGGGUCUCCUCUCCCAAGCAUACCUGUCUUUCCAUCGCUGACCAGCGCCGACUACGAAUCAAUGCAACACCGGAGACUUCGUUCCAUGGAAUAUAUGCGCUGCAUACGGGUACGGAAUUACUUACACGUACGAGUUCGGCACACCUUAGCACAACACCAGCUGGCUGUUCACUUGGGACUCACACCAUGACCUCGCGGCAGGCGAACGCGAAGCAGAAUCCCGUUGAGCGAAGAAAAGGCGAAUCGGCCCUCUCCGAGUUCGCAGACUACGUUCAGAGGCAGCAGGAGCUCCGCCGUCCACCUGGCCAGAGCCCGGCCACACUAGAAGACCACGAUGAGCUUGCCUUCCUCGAUGAGCUGGACCUUGCCGAGGAGAAAUCUUCGCGCUUACCGUUGAAAACACUGCUACUCGGCCCUGCAGAGGAAAACGCGACUGCAUUGACGGAAUAUCUGCGUGGUCGUAUAGCGGAGGGACACGGGGAGACAUUGUUCGAUCUCGGUCUGGACGACAAUGGCGACUCCAUGGGCCUCUCGAAAGAUGAUUGGGACGCGGCAUUACAGCGGUUACAAUUGGCAUUGGACGAUCUGAAGGCGGAUUACAGGAUAUUGAUGACACGAAACGUGGGCGGAGACGUGGAGGUAGGCCCUCUGAGCGCAAAGGAUAGAGGGGUCUCGGGCAAGUUGCUUCUGAGGCGAAAGCCACAGAGCGUGGACGAGGUCAUUGAGACGAGGAUAGCUGUCGUGGGAAAUGUCGAUGCAGGCAAGAGCACGAUGCUGGGUGUACUAGUGAAAGGCGGGCUCGAUGAUGGCCGUGGCAAAGCCCGGGUCAAUCUUUUCCGCCACAAGCACGAGAUUGAGAGUGGUCGGACCAGCUCGGUCGGUAUGGAGAUCAUGGGAUUCGACAGCAAAGGCGAGGUAGUUGUGUCAAAUGUGGCGGGCCGGAAGCUGACUUGGGAGGAGAUUGGCCGACGUUCUGCCAAAGUCAUAGGGUUCACGGACUUGGCGGGACACGAGCGAUAUCUUCGCACGACGGUCUUCGGCCUACUGAGCAGUGAGCCCAAUUACUGUCUCUUAAUGGUGGCGGCGAACAACGGCUUGGUUGGUAUGAGCAAAGAGCACCUUGGCAUAGCUAUCUCCCUGAACGUGCCAGUCAUGGUCAUAAUAACGAAAAUUGACAUUUGCCCGCCGAAUAUCCUGGAGCAGACCAUCACGCAAUUGACCAAGAUUCUGAAAUCGCCUGGCGCAAGGAAAAUUCCCGUCUUCAUCAAGAACCGCGAGGAGUGCAUCAACACGGCGACUCAGUUUGUGUCACGGCGAAUCUGUCCCAUUUUUCAAGUCUCCAACGUCACCGGUCAUAACCUUGAGCUCGUCCGGACGUUUUUGAACAUACUGCCUCAUUAUGGAAACUACAAUCCCGACGCAGCAUUAGAGUUCCAUGUCAACGACACAUUCUCGGUGCCGUUUGUCGGCACCGUGGUUUCAGGGGUCGUCAAAUCCGGCGAGAUCCACGCCGGUGACACAGUCCUGAUCGGGCCGGACUCGCUGGGACAAUUCACGACAACCAAGGUCCGCUCCAUCGAGCGCAAACGCAUACAAGUUCCAGGGUGUAGUGCCGGCCAAAGUGCUUCUUUGGCGCUGCGCAACCUCCGGCGCAAGGAUGUUCGAAAAGGGAUGGUCGUUCUACACAAACCUGACAAGCCAGAUCCCACAACGGGCUCCAUCCCGGCGCCAAAGGUCUACCGCGAGUUCGUCGCGGAGGUCCUCAUCCUGUCUCACGCAACCACCAUCAAGACCAAAUAUCAGGCUAUGCUGCACGUAGGGCCGGUCGCCCAGACUUGUGCCAUCAUCGAUAUUGAUCGGCAGUAUAUUCGCACCGGCGACCGCGCCAUGGUGGCCUUCCGGUUUGUGCAGCGUCCAGAGUAUAUCACUGUCGGUGAUCGCAUCAUAUUCCGUGAGGGGAGGACAAAAGGUCUAGGCAUUGUCAAGCAGGUCGGCUAUGAUCUCAAUAAGCCUCUAGGAACAACUAAGAGCCAAUAGGACGGCUCAGAGGUUGGGGUUCGCUGUUGGAUUCCUGCCGAGGGGAGCCAGAGCGAUCAGGAGGAUGAUAUACUCGUAAAUGGCUGGGUAUCGCGAUGACCAAAGGAGUAUACAGGGUGGUUUUGUUCGGCGGCUAGGCUGCCUAUGUUGCAUAUUGGAAUCAUGAGUUUGUUAGCAUGAGGAAUCUGUUGAGAAUAGGGGUAGAGAAGGGGAUGGAGGAAUGGAUCGCAUUCCAACUUUCAGUACGGAGUAAGGAUCAUUGUUUCGGCAUGGGUGAGGCUGGUUGUUUCAAGAGAUUCAUUCAAUCUGCACAUCUACUAUGUAAUAGUCAUAUCUGGUUGCAACGCAGCCGAAGGAUAAUUAGUAAAGGCGCU